AUGGAUGAUGGAAUUGAUCAGAUACAUUUAGUUUCAGGUGUUCAGGGUCAGAGCUGUUUGAAUGUGACUCACACCAAGAGGAGUAUCUGUGCCUUGAAGGGGUCAACAGUGGACAUUACCUGCACGUAUAGACAUCCCAGCUGGCAUAACGUCACAGAAGUAUCCUGGUUCAACAAAUGGGAGACUGGAGUUACUACAGAUCUAAUCCAGGACCCAGACUAUGCAGGUUGUGUGAAGUACCAACCAACUACAGACAAAGACUCCACCCUGAGAAUCACAGACCUGAGAGAGAGUGACUCUGCUGAAUAUAAGUUUAGAUUUACAACAACGGAGGUAAAAUGGGGAUACAGCUUCCCUGGAAUAACUCUGAUUGUCACAGACCUGCAGGUGAAGGAGACUCCUGGCACAGAGGAAGGGAAGGUGACACUGACCUGUAGCUCCACCUGUAUUCUAACUGACAACCCCACCUACAUCUGGUACAAGAACGGACAACUUCUCACCAACCCAAACACCCAAGAUAACUACCUCUACUUAGACCAAAUCAGCAGUGGGGACGCAGGCAGCUACUACUGUAGUGUUAAAGGAUACAAGAAUAUCCGUUCUCCUGUUACAUUCUUUGGGGAGCCAAUGUCUUUUAAGAAUGCAGUUGUAGGAAUCAUAGUGGUUAUUCUAAUUCUCAUACUCUGUCUCUUUGGGUUCAUGUGGUUCAGGUGAGUGAGAUUAAUUUAUCCCUUUUCACAUUCUGUGGUUUAAUCGAUCAAAAUAUGUAUAUUGCUCUAUUAAUUGAUGAAUUAUUUCACAAAACAGGAAGAAGGCCUCCAAAUCCACCUCUGACACAAGAGACAGAAGAGACGCAGCAGAGAACGGACAGAGAGACUCUAAUCCAGUGUAUGACAACAUCUCAGGCAUGAACUUGUCCCCUAUUGCAGCACAGAGAGUGAUCACAGACGAGCAGGAUGACAUUACCUACGCCAGCAUCCAACACAGAAACCAGGAAGUGCCUCUGGACUCCACCGUCCCACCGUCUCACCCCCAGAAACAGGACGAGGAUUUCCAGUACACUACUGUGAAAUUCAACAGCCCCAGUGCUGCUCAAUAGACAUUGGGAGGGAUUCAAUCCAAUCAUAGGUUAUAGACAUUGGGAGGGAUUCAAUCCAAUCAUAGGUUAUAGACAUUGGGAGGGAUUCAAUCCAAUCAUAGGUUAUAGACAUUGGGAGGGAUUCAAUCCAAUCAUAGGUUAUAGACAUUGGGAGGGAUUCCAUCCAAUCAUAGGUU